AUGACAAGCCUUUCGAGGUUUAGUGGCUGCCCUCUCUCCUGCGUCAACCCCGGAGAGAGCAAUACUGAACCCAGCGUGGUGCUGCCACCUUUGGCAGGGGAGCACAUGGGACACCCCACUGGCACUUCUUUAAAACUCUGCCUCACGCGCAAUUUGCGAGACUACCCCGAGACGAGGUCCAGUGCAUAUGUUGACCACUCGGUGGCUACUUUUUCAGACCCUGGAUACCCAAGCCACCGGCUCGAGCACAGCCCUCGGGGCAUCCUCAUUGGAGCCAAUCUCUCUGGAGCCGGCAUGCCACCCGUCACUGAUCAACUGGCACCACGAGCUAACCAACAUGGCGGUGUUGAAAGGUACCGUGACUUUACCGGUGUCAGGGACAACCGGAGCCAUGCUUUUUUCUCCAGCUACCAGGAACAGGCCCACGGCUCUACUGACGGGACUCAGAUGAUGCUUGGUCUACCUGGAGACAUCCUUACGCGGACACACCCCUACGGUCAGAGCCUCAGCCCCAAGGGCAACAGUCAGCAGCUUGUCACCCAGUUUCUGGGGCUUUACAAGCCCUUAAACAUGGCCAUCCAGCGCGGGACAAGCGAUGCUUUCUUCAGGUGCUCCAAGCAGAACGUCAAACACGAGUUGCUGUGCAAGUGGACAAACAACCACGAAGGAGCUGGAAAAGUGCCAUGCUCCAGAGCAUUCGGCAGCAUGUAUGAGCUCGUGACCCAUGUGACCGUGGAGCACGUCGGCGGACCUGAGCACUCUGAGUACGUGUGCUACUGGGUUGACUGCCCGAGAGACAGGAAGCCGUUCAAAGCCAAAUACAAGCUCGUGAACCAUGUCAGAGUUCACACUGGGGAGAAGCCCUUUCCGUGCCCGUUUCAUGGCUGUGAGAAAGUGUUUGCUCGUUCAGAAAAUCUGAAGAUCCACAAGAGAACGCACACAGGUGAAAAGCCCUUUAAAUGUGAGUUCGAGGGCUGCAGUCGGAGGUUUGCCAACAGCAGCGACCGAAAGAAACACUCUCACGUCCACUCCAGCGACAAGCCUUACGUGUGUAAGGUCAGAGGCUGUGACAAGUGCUACACACACCCCAGCUCUCUGCGGAAACAUAUGAAGCUCCACUGCAACAAGCCUCCUCAAAAAGGCACCGAAGCGCGCUUAGGAGACGAGGGCCACAUGCCAGAGACCAGGUCAAACCGUGCACGGGAGGCAGCUCAGACCAUCCCGCUGCACACCCCCACCAGCCAGGAUUUGCCCCUGUACACAGACAGUCGCGACGAGCACAGCCUGAGGUCACGGCUACAUCACUCAUUUGACAGUGGCGUAGACUACUCCGCGCACAGAGCUGGGCCUCUGCUGGAGCCACUGCUGCAGCGAGGCUCCUACAGGACACAACACGGACAGCCAAGUGGACAGGCCCCGCACGCCUUCACUCAGAGCUCGAGGACUUUCUCCACUUCUCCCUUUCAGAAGAGUCUAGUGAACGGCUGGUACACUUGUCACAGUGGCGUCGAUUCCUUUCCAUCAAAGCAAUGUAACAUUCCGUCAAUGUGA